UGUUAGGGCUCGUGUCUCCUGCCAGUGCCCCUGUGCUCUUGGCCGCGGCGGCGAGGAGGAUGGACGAAGGCGGGCUUGAUUCCAAUGGCAAGGUCUACGCGAGCAGGGAGGAUAUGUGGAAAGAGGAGGCGGGGAGUGGCAUCGCCGAGAGUCCCAAGAGGAAGGAGUGGUACCAGAAGGGGAUUUCUUACUGGGAGGGUGUAGAUCCGACUGUGGACGGCGUGCUGGGUGGAUUUGGCAAAGUGAGCAACAGGGAUGUGAUUGAUAGCAAUGCUUUUCUCACGGAGUUGCUUAAAGAACGCAUUCUUCCGACUAAAGUCAAUAGAAAACUCGUGGCUCUUGAUUGUGGGGCUGGUGUUGGAAGGAUAACCGAGAAUUUGCUCUUGCGGCAUUUUCAUGAGGUGGAUCUAGUCGAGCCGGUCAGGCAUUUUUUAGAUGCUGCCAAGAAACGAUUGACCUCCGACGUUCCAGAAAAUGUGCAGCACAAAGCCGUCAACUUCUUCUGCACGCCGCUCCAGGAAUUUACACCCGAGCCUCAUCGAUACGAUGUGAUUUGGGUCCAAUGGUGCAUUGGCCAUCUCACGGACGAUGACUUUGUUGCGUUUUUCCGACGCGCUGACAUUGGUUUGAAACCCGGUGGCUUUUUUGUGCUGAAAGAGAACAUCGCAAGGCAUGGUUUUGUGGUUGACAAACUUGAUAGUAGCGUCACUCGCUCUGAUGCUUAUUUCCGAGACCUUUUUCUGCGCGCUGGUUUCCAUCUAUUAAAAACCAAGUUGCAAAAGGGGUUCCCUCGUGAAUUGUUCGGAGUGAGAAUGUAUGCAUUGAGCAGUGUUUUGCAAGAAACUGCUGCGCCAAGCUCUGCUUCGAAAGAUGCUCGGGCAUCAAAGGGAGUCGCCAGGCUAAAACCACGAACUCCGAAGAGGUGUAAUUGAUGGAAUGAGAAUGACAUCAUGGAAGCUAAUGUUUAGAUAAAAUGGAGGUGAUCUUAGAAUCAUACAGACUUACAAGCUGGCCUGGUUCGAUGGUGGUGUGGAUUUGUGAUGAACAGGAACGCCCGCAUCGAGCUUGUCAAAUCGUGCAAGUAGUUUCCGACGUCUACCAGCUGGUUUUUUAUGCCCGGUCCGGCGAGCUGGGCGAUGCCGCGUGAUUGUUUGAUGCAAUGCCGGAGGUGGAUCUGGCAUCCUGGACUGCGAUGCUGGGAGCAUUUGCCCAGGUUGGUGAUCUGGAGAAUUCAAGUUUGAUGCAAUGCUGGAACACGAUGUCGUGUCGUGACUCGUGCAAGAACAUCUGCUCCAAGACCUAGCCGAAUGAAGCGGUUAACAGGCCAGGGCAGCCAAUUACCUAGUGAACCCUCAAGGUUUGAAUCAAUUUUGUGUUUGUGAUUACCAUUGGUACUCUUUUUCUGGACUUCACUCAAUAAAAUCUACUUUUUUUUCC